CAGUGACUUGUCCAAAUGUGUGUUUACGUGGGGAAAACUGCCAUCAGUGGCAAUGGCCUCCUCGGCCAGCUGCCUCUGUAGGGGCCAGCCACUGCCGUUAGCUCAGCCCUCAUGUCCAAGGGGAGAUUCAGUGGUGAGGUGUGGUUUAUCGAUCGUUCCCUCUCCCUCAUGAGCUGGGAAGGGUAGCAGCAUCCAGGCCUAUCGGCUUGGCAUGGGUUAUGUCAUGGGCGGAGGCAAAACCUCGGAGCAGAAUGUGGCGAGGGUAACAUGUAUCCCCUCUUUUUCAAGUAGUAACUUGAGGAAUUGUGCCCAACUCCUUCCUCAGUGUAUGUCUUGCCCUCUGGCACCUGCAGAAAGGGAUGUUUCAUGCGCGCUCUGCUUGAGUGCAAAGGCUCAGGCAGCAGGAACCUGUUUUGUUACACCCGCGGGAGCAGCGGAGCAAAUGGGAGUAGCAGAGCUUGUUCAGCACUUGGUAUUUCUCAAGCAUGAUCUGCCAGAGCUGAACCUGAUCUUUAACUCUACCUUCAAAGCUUCAGGCAAGCCUUUGCAACAGCCAGAAAGGAAGAGGUGUUCCAGCACUGUUUAAUCCAGAUAAACCCCGCGCUCCUGAUGGACUACUGCACACUGCAGUGAGAUGUGUAUUGAAUGAAAACACCUAGGAAGCAGCAUAAUUACUGACUGGACUUCAUGAACAUAAAUUCCUGAGCCUGCCGAACUCCCCAGCCCCUCUGCUUUCCACCAUGGACCAGGAUUAUGAGAGACGUCUCCUACGCCAAAUCAACAUACAGAAUGAAAACACAAUGCCUUGCGUAGCAGAGAUGAGAAGAACCCUGACGCCUUCCAAUUCUCCGAUGUCUUCUCCUAGUAAGCAUGGUGACAGAUUCAUUCCCUCCAGAGCUGGGGCCAACUGGAGCAUCAACUUCCACAGAAUAAAUGAAAAUGAAAAAUCACCAAGUCAAAACAGAAAAGCAAAGGAUGCUACAUCGGACAAUGGCAAAGAUGGCCUUGCUUACUCUGCCUUGCUGAAGAAUGAACUCUUAGGAGCAGGGAUCGAGAAAGUGCAAGACCCACAGACGGAAGACAGGAGGCUGCAGCUGUCCACACUGGAGAAGAAGUCUCUCUUCACUUAUUCGCUCAGCACAAAACGCUCCAGUCCAGAUGAUGGCAACGAGGUCUCACCAUAUUCCCUGUCUCCUGUCAGCAACAAAAGUCAGAAGCUGCUAAGAUCACCUCGAAAACCAACUCGGAAAAUCUCAAAGAUUCCUUUCAAAGUGCUGGAUGCCCCAGAGCUGCAGGAUGACUUCUACCUGAACCUGGUGGACUGGUCCUCUCUCAACGUCCUCAGCGUUGGCCUUGGCACUUGUGUUUACCUAUGGAGCGCUUGCACUAGCCAGGUAACCAGACUGUGUGAUCUCUCUGUGGAAGGAGAUUCUGUAACAUCCGUGGGCUGGUCAGAACGGGGGAACCUGGUAGCUGUUGGCACUCACAAGGGCUUUGUACAGAUCUGGGAUGCAGCUGCAGGAAAAAAGCUCUCCAUGCUAGAGGGGCACACAGCCAGAGUCGGUGCCUUGGCUUGGAAUGCGGACCAGCUGUCUUCUGGGAGCCGAGACAGGAUGAUCCUUCAGAGGGACAUCCGCACCCCACCCCUACAGUCUGAGCGGCGGCUCCAGGGCCACAGACAGGAGGUCUGUGGUCUCAAAUGGUCUACAGACCACCAGCUCCUGGCCUCUGGAGGAAAUGAUAACAAGCUCCUUGUCUGGAAUCACUCCAGCCUGAGUCCUGUCCAACAAUACACGGAGCAUCUUGCAGCAGUGAAAGCUAUCGCCUGGUCUCCGCACCAGCACGGCCUCCUUGCCUCCGGCGGUGGGACAGCUGACCGCUGCAUACGCUUCUGGAAUACGCUCACUGGGCAACCUUUGCAGUGCAUCGACACUGGGUCGCAAGUGUGCAAUCUGGCCUGGUCAAAACAUGCCAACGAGCUAGUGAGUACCCACGGAUACUCGCAGAACCAGAUCCUUGUCUGGAAAUACCCCUCGUUAACUCAAGUAGCGAAGCUAACAGGGCACUCCUACCGAGUCUUAUAUCUGGCAAUGUCCCCUGAUGGGGAGGCCAUUGUUACAGGAGCUGGAGAUGAAACCUUGCGCUUCUGGAAUGUCUUCAGUAAAACUCGCUCAACAAAGGAGUCUGUAUCUGUUCUCAACCUCUUCACCAGGAUACGAUAAACCCCAUACCCUUCGACCCAGGAGAGACAGCCUGACGUACCAGGAUACAACCACUACCUUGGUGUGCAUGGAACCCCAAACGAUCAGCCAGAAGGGGAGGGAGUGCCAGUGGGACUGGAGGAUGGACUUGACAGGUGUUAGUUAAACACGUGCUUGUGAACCGUGCUGGGCAGUAUUUGGGAUGGGGCUGGGGAGGGGAGGGAACUGCCUAAGGUUUAUGGAUUCAUCCUUCACAAAGGGAAAUAGGUACAAGAGAAAUGUGAAACCAGCAUCCUCCAACCCUCACGUUUACUGGAGAAUACCUGUGUGACCUGGACUGUUGGGACCGGACCAAGGCCAUCCCAGCUGCUGCAUUGUCCCCUCUUGGGAGAGAAGAGUGUCCUUGCCUCUGUGGGAACGGGUUUAACCUGCUGCUCUGGGUCCCUCUGUCCUUGGACAGACAUCUUCGGAGGUAGGAGCCAGCCCGACUUGUUCAAUACGACUGGUGCAAGGGGGCUAAACUCCAGGUCAAGUGUUAGCCUCUCCAAUUAUCUAAGGGCACUGUUUAUAGCCUGGCAUCCCCUUUAUGUCAAGAAACUGGAGAACUGCUUAUUUUCCUUCCCCCUCAACCCCCCACCCCCAAAACCAGGUACUGUAGUACUUAAUACAAUCAUUCCUGUAAGACAGCUUGGGUUUUGGCAUGCUCAAUAGCUGCCUUCAAAUACAUCUUGGGUCUCUAGUCUUAGGAGGAGACUUGAAGAGACUCCACCUUGGAGGGAGCACAUUCAGAAAGUUCUGAAAUUGCUAUUGCAUGUUCUGGGCUGAUCCUUUUAGUUACCAGAGAGGAAAAA